AUGUAAAAUACUGAAAAAAAGAAAGCAUGCUAGAUAUGGCUAUAUUAAAGAGAAAAUGUGAGUAUUGUGAAUGACGUGGUAUGGAAAGUGUAUUUCAGUAUGCAUUUCAGUGGUAUAGAAAGAAAUUAAAUAUUGAAGCUGAACAGCUGGUAUGGGUAACUAUGUAUGAACAUCCGUUAUAAAAGUCCUGAUUUGUAUGAGAAGAUUUUCAUGAAAGUUGUUUAUUUAAUGAAUUAAAAUGGUUAAUUGUGAUAAUAUAUGACUGGAGUCCAGUAUAAAAAUGCCGACAACGUUUUAUCGGCAGACCAUGCAGAUGCACAAGAAAUCUGAGGAAAAUUUAGCUCUCGCCCGCUCAGCUGAGGGGAUUACAGUCUCUGAAAACGUAAUCUGCACUUCAUCCCUCUUCAUCGUGUAUGGCAUCUACGAAACCGAAACUCAGGACAUAACAGCCAGCAGCGAUAGUGCAAGACUUGACUUCACCUUCAAAGUAGUUCCCUUCAGCAUUGACACACUUCUGCAUUCAGUGCUGCCACUGCUGGUAACUGUUCUGGAACGAGGUUUUUGGAAGGUCCUUCAGGAGAUUCUCCGUUUCUGCCUGAACCUCUUCAGGUGA